CUUUGAACUGCAGCUGUGGGUGUACCAAGAUGGCGCCGCUCUGCCUGAGAGACUGUAAGGCUUGGCAAGACGCAGGCUUAACCCUUUCCACCACGAGCAAUGAGGUUUGCAAACUUUUCGACGCCACCUUGACUCAGUAUGCUACAUGGAAAAACGACUGCACCCUGGGGGGAAUCGACGGUUGCCUUUCUCGAAUUAAAGAUACCGACCCAAACUUUGUUAUGGGCCACGUGGCUGCCAACGGUUUGGAACUGAUUGGGACAGGACGCUCUCCGCGGGUGGACAAGGAGCUGGCCAAUGCCGUGAGGGUAAUGUCGGACCUUUCCAAGUCCCAGGCGCUGACCGAAAGGGAGAUGCUUCACGUAGCGGCGGUUGAAACGUUUGCCAAUGGAAAUCUGCCCAAAGCGGCCGAUUUGUGGGAACGGAUCUUGCAGAACCACCCGAUGGACCUUCUGGCUCUGAAAUUCGCUCACGACUGUUAUUUCUAUCUCGGAGAACAAAGGCAGAUGAGAGAUUCGGUAGCCAGGGUGCUUCCAUACUGGAAACCCGGAACUCCACUGAGCAGUUAUGUCAAGGGCAUGUACUCCUUUGGGCUACUGGAAACUAACUUUUAUGACCAGGCUCUGAAGGUGGCCAAAGAGGCUCUGGCCGUCGACCAGACUGACUCUUGGUCUGUACAUACCGUCGCCCACGUACACGAGAUGAGAGCGGAUCUGGACUCGGGGUUGGCUUUUAUGCAGGAAACUGAAAAUAACUGGAAGGGGAGUGACAUGCUUGCCUGCCAUGUCUACUGGCACUGGGCUCUGUACUUCAUUGAAAAGGGUGACUAUGAAGCUGCCCUGACACUGUAUGAUAAUCACAUUGCUCCUCAGUGCUUUGCCAGUGGCACCAUGUUGGAUGUUGUGGACAAUUCAUCUAUGUUGUACCGACUGCAGCUGGAAGGGGUGAAUGUGGGAGAUCGGUGGAAGAAUCUGCUGCAGAUCACAAAGAGCCACACACAAGAUCACAUGCUUAUUUUCAAUGACCUUCAUUUCCUAAUGUCAUCAUUGGGCUCAAAGGACGAGGAUAUGACCCGAGAGCUCGUGGAAUCAAUGCAGGAACUGUCCAAAUCUCCCGGUGAGAACCAGCAACACGGUUUGAUUAAUCACCUUGGCACCCCACUGUGCCGGGCUCUCAUAGAGUAUGACCGGGGGCACUAUGACAAGGCGGCAGACUUGAUGUAUCCAAUCCGGUACCAGAUAUUGGGAAUAGGAGGAAGUGACGCUCAGAGAGAUCUGUUUAACCAAGUUCUGAUCCGAGCAGCCAUAAACAGCAGUUCCAAAUACCAUCAAAAUCUUGCCAGGUGCCUGCUAACGGAGAGGGAUAUGGGGAGACCCAACUCUCCCCUGACUCAAAGGCUCAUAAAGAAGUGCUCGGCGGGUCCCGGGAUCCUCGGAUAAACUCUCUGAUUCGCUACGAUGUUUCACAUCUAAUACAAUGUAAGGCCUGUGCCAGCGGGGCAGAUUCCUGGCCUAUACGUUUAUCGGCCGCCCGAGAACCCGCCCCAUGGGGCUCUAGCCUAUCAGAGUUUGGCUUUACAUUCAACCAAUCAAAUGCCUUAAUCCAUAUUUGCUUUCCCUUUAAUACGACCAGAUCCAGUUCUCAGGCGGCAGUUAGCGGGACUGGAGAAUAAAUAGUGUAUAGGGGGAAACUUCUGUCUCAGGGGUAUUCACUUUUAUAUAAUCAAAGGCAGAUAUUGCUUUGCUUAAUGUGAAAAAAUGUAUUAUUUCCCCUUUAAUAAAACCUGCCUCUGAUCCAAUCAGGGUACAAGACGGAUAAA